AUGGAUUUUUACACCACUUUAAGUCAGUGUGAUUUUGGUGAAACUAUUGGAGAUGAAUGCCAUAAGCUUUCGUACACAAGAAAACAAGGUAUGGAAAAUCUUAGUGAUUAUUCUGAAGAUGUACAGGAAACCUUUUUCAUGAGGGCAAGAAUUGCUUAUCAACAAGAUAAAACAAAUAUGACUAUUUGUAUGCAUCGUAGCAAAAUGUAUGGCAACAUGUUUGAAAGAAAAUUCAACAAAUGUUGUAAUAUUUUCAACUCUCAUAAAGCAAAGGCAAAAGGUAGCCAUAUUACCACCCUUCAUUUGGCAAAGCAACUUAGCCAAAAAGAAAUUGAUGUAAUACCUGGCUGGCAACUUUGUAAAAAUUGUUUUCACAAGGCUAGAAAAGAACAGAAAAAUGAUGAGCCUGUAGAGUGCAGAAGCAGGUGA